CUGCAAAAACGUUUCCUUAUUUAGAAUUGCAAGAUUUGUCGCUCUUGAGUGAAAUUAAGUCCUAAUCUGACUGAUAUGAAAAACAAUUCAUUAUAUGCCCGUAUUAACAAACGGUGUAGGUAUUUCUAUAUUGAUACAUACAUAUUUCAGGUCGGUUAAAGUCAAUUCAUGUAUCAAGGCCGACAACUAUUUUAUCUUUACGAUUGGUUUGCAGUAAUGCGUUUAAAAUAAACGGAUUGCCGGGUAGUCCACAACUCAAACUAACGGGAGUAACGGUUUUUGGAGUUCAGUGCAUGUGUUGUUUUUCCUCAAUGUCCAAACAACCAACAACUCAAACCCGAGCCGGACCUAUGGCAUGGUGCUAAGCCCCAUUAAAGUGCUUAAACCGGAAGAGAACUGAACGGCAAGUCACAAACGAGUUCAGACAGACAUCAGUGUUGAAAUGUUGAACAAGUGCAAAGCUCUUAAUAUGGAAGUCGACCAAACAGUCGUGGAUGAACGCACUGAAACCGAAUGGACUUCGUUUUUUCAAAAUGCCCUACAAUCAGAUCCCAAGCUGGGAUAUAAUGAAACAAAUCCAUGCUAUACCUACUCAGUAAACGGAAUUGACUUCGAAGUAACAGAGCAAGAACAACAACGUUAUUUGGCAUUCCUAUCACAAAUUCCAGACGUUUACAACCGAUUGAGCUACUGGCCCAGCUCCAAGCAAAAACUCCUCGCUCUUGCACUGGCUGCCUACGUUUCCAGAAACGAGAAAAAUUUUGUUCAGUUGAACUCCAAUGGCACUUACAAAGCACUCAUCGAGAUGGCGGAAAUUUCGAAACCAGCCACCACUUGUCUGGUAAAGAUUCGUUAUCUGGAUAUGUUGUGCUCCUUUUUUGAACAUGAAGCCGGCGUGCGAUGGUCCUUGGAGACCAAUUACUGGACAAAAAUGUACGAUUUGAUAGCGGAGUGCCAACAAAUCAGUUAUUGCAUUGCACAGAAAGUGUAUUGUAUUCUAUCCAAAUUCCUGCAAAAAACGUCGAACCAGGCUCCAAAGGUGUGCAUACACGUAAUCAAGCAAAUGAUUCAAACUCUAAUUGAAGUGUCCAGCAGAAACGUGCCCAAAACGAAAACCCAACCAAUGGAGCUGAUAGAUCCUAAAGACUACAAUAAUUUACUACCAAGCAUCACUUGCCUGGUGGAGACUUUGGAAAGACUUUUAUCGAGUCCAGGAACAGACACCUUAAAGUACUUUAUCAAGAUGCAGGUGCGAGAAGCCACCGACACUUUAGCAAUAUUAUCCAAAGACACUGAGUUUUCGUUGCAAGUGAACAGAAUCUUGAUCAUUCUAUCCUUCUAUGAAAUGACCGAACUUUUCGAUGGCAUCAAAGUGGUCAAUCACGAUCCAAUAGCAUUGAGCGGUUUUUUGAAAAUUAUUGAAAGGGAACUGAAGAAAAGUCACCUAAAGACCAUCUUUGAACUGUACUACUAUGCACAAAAAUAUUGGAAAAACGUAUCCCGAAUAAUGCCUCAGUAUUUCCUCAAAGGAAAAGUAGUGAAUAUAGAAGACGAACUAAUGUCGUUCCAAGUGGAACCCAUCAUAAUAAUAGCUGAAAAGCUACUUGGAGUGCCUCAAACCAGCGAAGAAGAAUUAAGGCACUGCUAUCUAGCCGAUAUUCUCAACAUGUCCAGUGCCAAUAGCGUAUCAUUGGCCUACGAAAUUCGAGAGCAAUUAACCAAGGAGCCACUGGAUAUCGAAAUCACCGCCCUCAACUGCUUGAUUAAAUCGAAACCUUUGUACUGCCGGAAAAAUCUAGCAGUGGUUUUCCAAGCGCUCACGUACUCUUUAAGAGAUUUCAUUAAAUACAUGAAGAAAAACCCCGAUAAAGGAGAACUAGAUCACGAUCAUUUGCUGGCUGAAGCUCUUCUGGAAGCCAUUCUGGCCUAUCUGGAGAACUUCGACUUGUCUUGGCGCGAAAGCAUUGGAAGCAUUGAAUUGGCUCAUCUAGUUUAUGAGUUUUUAUGCUAUUCAGCCAGAUGGCCAUCAGAAGUAGUUCUCAAGUCAUUGAAAACACUAAACAUAACAAUAUCGAAACACAUGUCUCCAUACAUGGCCCUGCUAGUGGACACCACACAAUACUCUUACUUGAACGAUCUGGGAUCGAUGCUGUUCAAUAAAAGCCUCAACAGCAAUUGCGAAGUUCGGAAUGCCGCUUUAACUGUGGUCUGCACUAUUUGUCAAAAGGUGAAUAAAGGGUUCAGUUCGUUCAAGAAAAUUUUAGAAGAAACCCUUUCCCAUGACUUGAUAAUGAGCAUGGCACUGACCGAUUCUGAUGCCUCCGUUCGUGCGACAGCACUCAAAUGUCUUCAACAGAUGCUAGUAAUGGAAGAUAUUGGAAAUACUCUCUUCAGCUAUGGAUUUAUUGACAAAAUUUUGCAACUGGUCUCGCAGGAGCAGGAAGCGAUAGUAAUCAGGGAGGCGAUAACAUUAAUAGGGCAAAUAUACCAAUGCGAUUGCAACUCAGAAGAGGCUAACCGGAAGAUAUACAAGGUAAUGGUCAAAGUGGCUCUGCGAGAGAACAAUUAUGAUGUGCAAGAGCAGGCAGUCAAAUUUUGGGACCAGGUUACAAAAAAACUGCUAGAGAAGCAAGGUAUGAGUGACGAUGUUUUCCCGAGUGUUAUUUUCUCGAAGGAGCACAAGAAGAUAAUCAGGCUGAACGACAAGGAAAUCCGAAAGCGGUUGUUUCAAGCCCUAGAUGGCAUGAGUAAAUCCGGAUGCUUCAGUGUUUUCCAUUGCAUUCUGCGCAAUGAAAAUACCCCGAAACAAGUGUUUGGCACCACAGUGGCCAUUGUUACAAAACUGUUAAGGCUACUGCAACAAUAUGAGGUCACUCCCGAAUUCAUUCUAUUUAACCAAACGUAUCCCAAUCUGUGGUCCAUACCGGGCAAUAUAAUCCAAUCGCCUACAAAUAACAUGGACGACGAAAAUAUGCAGGAUAUUAUCGAGGAAACCGUAAUGGAAAUGAUAAAUAGCAGUACUGUUGAUCGCAUUUCCGCAUGUCACACGCCUUUGAGUUGUAAGCAUUUGGAAACAAGAGAAUCUGGACUCGAUCAAAACACGGAAUCUGGAUUGGGACAAGUUACUGCUGUGGAUUUUAUUGACUUUAUCUAUAGAAAAUUACCUUACCUUAUCAAUUAGAAUGUACCGAUUAUUAUUUAAUUCGUCUAAAAAUGUUUAUUGAAAUAAUUUAUU